GUCAUGUACAAUUUGUAUUGUUUUGUAAAGAAACAGCUGGGGCGGAAUCAAUGAAUGGGGCUAGCUCUAAAGACAAGUGAAUUGAUAGACUUCUAAAUUCUACUUCACUACUUCUUUGUCAAAUGAUGUGGAACUUUCAUUGAGGCAGAAAUGGGGAAUGUUCAGCUACAAGUGAAUGACUUUACUCCAGUGCGGCCUGAUGAGAGGAGAGAAUUGAAGCUCACCAGGAAGAUAACCAGUGCUGAUUAUCAGAAACAUGUAGCUGGUGAGGAUUUAGAAGGAGCCUUGACUGAAUUACCAUGGGCUCUGGUAGACUCCAUCUCACUCUUUGAACACAUGGAUGCCAGCUUCAACCACAUAUCAGUCAUUCCACCGGAGAUACCCCUCCGCCUCCCGCAUCUCUCCUACCUCAACAUGGCUCACAACCGCAUCCCUGCUCUACCGGACAGCUUCUCUCUUCUUUUCCAUCUCAAGACGCUGCUCAUUCAUCACAAUGAACUUGAACAUCUCCCGGAUUCCUUCAUCCACCUUGUGAAGCUUGAAAAGCUGGACGUAUCUAGCAACAAACUGAAGUCUUUACCGGAGAAUAUAGGGGUGAUGGAGUCGCUGCAUAAGUUGAACGUCAUGGAUAAUUCAUUAACACUGUUGCCUUUGUCUCUCGGGAAGUCGGGCACAAUAGAAGUGUUGCUGGCAUCCAAUAAUAAAUGUGCAUCACCUCCACAGAGCGUGUGCGAUGAAGGAUCAGAAAAGACAUUGCAGUUUCUUAGGAAGCAGUCUGAAAAUGGGUACAUUCUCAAGAAAAGCAAUUCUGGAAACAUCUUUAAAAGAUGUAGAGGUGAUGUAUUGCAGUCACGUGUUGCCAAUCCACAGUGUGCACAAGCACAGUAUGCCCAAGAGCUGACGGAGACAACCAAUACCAAAAGCCGAAUCCGUACCCCUCUUCGGCCCCCUCCAGGGGCUACUACUCUGGAAGCAGAUGAGCUCAUGGAUAAAGUUGUUGGUCUGCUGUAUGGUGCUGCUAUUGGUGAUGCCGUUGGUUUGUGCACUGCUUGGAUGACACAGGAUGAAUGCAGGUUUCAUUAUGAAGAAGAUACUCUUCAUCCUGGUCAGAGGAUCAGUGAUAAACAUAGACUCCAAUGGGCCAAGGGAGACUGGACUACUGCCUUUGAUCAAUUGGUUCUGACCUUGGACUCCAUUCUCCAAUGGGCUGGUGUGGUAGAUGAAUUAGACUUUGCCAAACGACUUGCUCAUUGGUACAAUCAUGGCUUUCCGGAGCUUGGUGAUACCAAGGGAUUCGAGGGGUUCAGUAAUACUGUGGCUAAGGUGAUAGCCAACCCCUUGUUCUGUCAAGAACCCAGUGCCAUAGCAAGAGGUUUGUGGAACAGGAACUACGAUUGUCAUGACUCUGAUUCCUGUGAACAUCUAGCUGAUAACUGUGCCGUAGUGAGAACAGCUAUCCUUGGAGUGCCUCAUUUCUACAGACUAGAAGAGGUGGAGGAGAAUGCUUUAAGGAUAUGUACAUCAACACACCAGGAUCCAAGGUGUCAGGCCAGCUGUGCUUUCUUAUCAUCACUAGUAGCAUUAAUUCUUCAGAAGGACUGCAACUCGUCAUCGUCCGAGGAUCUUUCCCUGGAGAAGAUCAUUACCGUGGCAACAGAGAUUGGAAGAAAACAUCUAAUCCAUGAUGAACACCAACAGAUGUUCAAGAAGUAUUGCUCUGUAUCAAGUAUUGACAGUUUGACGUCACUUGAUGUCAACAAACCGAGUCAUACAUUCAGACCAGUGGCCACUUGUUUAGCAGCUCUCAGGAUGUCUAGCACUUCAAACUUCAGGUCAUUGAUAACACAGAUUGCCAUGCAAGGAGGUGAUAGCACCCAUAAUGCAUCGGUGGCUGGUGCUGUUUUAGGCUGUUGGUUCGGCUUCAAGAAUCUACCGCCCUCUUGGGUCCGUUGCUUCAAGAAGAGUCACACAGCGUGGCUAGACGUGAAGAUCAACGCUCUUCUAGACAUGAUGGGGCUUCCUUGAAUUGGUCUGAUGUUGCCAGGAUACAGGUUAGGUCAUCGUACAGGUCAAAGGUGGUUGCAAGGGUUCGCAGGGGUCAUAUAAAUGAAUGUAGAAGUCAAUUUAGUAUACCACAUUUAAACUACAUGUAUUCACAGGGUAUAAAUGUAUUUUUGAUAGAUCUAUCAAUCUUUCCUUUAUGACACAACAUAAAUCAAACAAUCAUUUUAUUUUUUAUUUUGUUGGUUACCGGGUAUAUCAUCAAAUGACAUUAGUGUUUUAUAAGUGCACUAAAGGUGCUCUCUAUGUGUCAAGUUUUUGGCAAUCAUGCAGGUUGAUACAGAUUAUCAGAUGAUUUCUUUGAUUGUUUCAUGUUGGACAAUUUUCUGAUGGCCUUUAAGAAUGGAAUGAGAGGAUCCUGCACUCUCUGAUUUGCUGAGAAACAAAACAAUGCUCACUCAAUGCUGCAUACAUGUAGAAGGUCAUUUUGGCUGACAGCAGACAAAACAUGCUCUACACACUAGAUCAUUCAAACAACCACCUACAUGUACAAUAUAUACACUAUGUAUAAAUGUACCUCACCUUUUACUUGUGUAAAUAAAUACAAUAAUUUCUGUUAUAUGGUGAAGAGAUAUCUAGUUUACUGUACAGUCUUUGCAUCCAAUUUAAAUUUAAUGCAGAGUCAUUCUAUUAUUAUAUACUUUAAUGUCCACGCAUACCAUUUAAUGAAAGGUAGGGUAUAAUGUGUAUUACUUUGUUUGCCAACUACAGUUGUGCUGACAUGUAUGAUGCUCAUCAUUAAGCAUCGCUUGCCUAAAAAUAUCAGAUCAGAAUAACUUCUGUAAAAUUUGAGUUAAAACACAUAUGAUGUUCAUUCCAAAAUGACAUGUAAUACUAGAAUUAAGAGAUUCAAUUUUGCUUAAUGAAAGGUAUCCUUGCCAAUUGUAUCAAAUGUAAGUAAUACUUGCCAAUAAGAAGAAAAAAGAAGCUGUUUAAGAAUGCCCAGUAUUGUAAACCAUAUUUCUUUCUUUUGUGAUAUUUCAGAAAUAAAUGUAGAUUCAUAACUAGAUAAUUAGAUUAAUAUAUUUCUUGUUUUGUGAAAGAGUUAUCAAAACGUCUUUAGAUUUCCAUCAUAAGUUUUUUUUUUUGUAACUGUCUAACAAGUUGAAGAAAUGUAGCAUGUUUGAAAUGUAAGAACUAAUUUUCCAUUUAUAUCUUGCCAUUUCUCAUGGUUUUCAUUCCUGGUUCAUGAGCUUGCCAGCACUAUCAACGAAUUAUCUCAUGAAAUUCAUCAUUUAUCAAGAUCAAAUUUUGUAUAUCUAUCUUUUUAUUCACUUCUAUGAUUCAAUGUGAAGAGUGCAUUGAUAUGUGGGGGAAAUGGCUUUUGAUUGAUGCAAACAAAAUCAAAAUACAUGUACAUCUAGUUAUUGCUUUAUAGCUAAAGAGGCAUUAUAAACUGACAGUAUAUUUGUAGCCUAAAAAGGACAAUGACCACAUCAGGUAUAUUUCAUGAAUUUAUUUCUCAUAGUUAUGGAGUUGUGAUUGGGAAAUCACUCAUUCAAUUGUUCUUGGUAUAAGUAUUAGCAGGUCCCACAAAAAGGAAUGUCAGAUAUCCUGGUAGGUCUCGCUAUUGGACUUAAAAUGUUGUUUCUACCACCUCCUCAAGUAACCAAGUUUGAGUGUUCAGGAAAAAAAAUUGUUCAUCAGAGAAUUUGCAUUUCUGCUUUUUUUGUUGCCUAAAUUUAUUCCCACCGAUUCCUCAAGGCAGAUCUGAUUUUGAACACUUUCUAACACUUCUGUACAUUUAACAAUGAUUAUUAUAGUUUAUGAUAGAGUAUAUGGUUCUAUGGUGGGUGCGCAAAAAUAUAUAUUCUUACUUCACAUUCUAAUGCGGCACUAGUUAUUUGACGUUCUUUUGAUUUUUGUUCAUUCCCUUCUUCUUGCUGCAUAAUGUUAUAUUUCUGUACAUGAUUAUAUUGAUAUACCUCAUUUUAGUUUAUUGAAUAUUUUCUCUCUGAAUUAUAUCUUUUUCAAGCUUGAAUACUAUGAAUCAUCCAAUAAUUGCCAUAUUAUCCUUAUAUUAUAUGGUUAUAGAAGUGUAUGUGCAAAACAAAAUUCCCAAUAUAGCGUAGUGGGAAGAGAUAUAUGAAUGAAAGGACCAUGAAUGUGAAAUGAUAGGCCACUUCAAAGAUUUUGACUGUAUUGGGUAAUGUCAGGUGCUAAAUUAUGUUCCUAAUUAUUGUUUUCUGCAUGUGUAUAAUUAAUUAUUACUUAAUUUAUCAGAUAUUAAUUAUAUUUUUAAAAUCUGUUGUAAAUAAGUUUGUAUGAAAGUAAUAAUAAUUUUUCUUUCUAUGGAAUUUGAUAGGUGUGUCAUGUAAACAAAGCUAUAACAGACGAAGCUAGCUAGAGUUGGUAAAAAUUCAUGAAAUAAGUGCAUUUUAAUUUCAUCGCUGAUGAACAUAGCUCUCUAAAACAAACGCAUCACUGUUUGCUUGCAAAUGACUGCAUUACUCAUUUAGAACAACUUUUAUGAUCAUACAUAUAUACAAUUGAUCAGAUAAUUUGAUUGUGCAAUAUCUAAGUCUUUUAAAAUUAUUUAAAUUAUUGAUUAACAUUUCAUUAUAAUGUUUCUAUUAUUACAAAUGUUAAUUGCAGAGUCAAUCGAUGUAUUGUAAAAGAACAUUGAGCAUGCUUUCCCCUAUUGAAAUUAAUAAGUUUUCUGCUGGCAACUUGUGAUUUCAAGACUUACGUGUAGGUGUAUUUCUUAAACUAGAAAGAUGUGACUAAGCUAAGCAUUCAUACAUGACCAUUGUUAGUGGAAUUUCAAUUUUAUUACAUGAACCAAUGCCUUGUACAUUAAACACCCAUGCACAGCUUCCUGUAGUCAUUUGCUAAAAAUAUGGUGCUUCCAAGUACUAUGAAAUAUGAAAUUUAUGCAUUGCCAAAGGCUCUAAUUUUAUUUUUCAAGUGGCUUUCAAUUAAUGUUUUUUCAGAUUUAUAUUUUGUUUUUGAAGGUAAUGGAGAUAUAUGAAUCAUUAAUUAAAUCAUUAAAAAUAUUUUAA